CGUCAGUGUGCGGGGAGCUUGGGGCGGAGCGCAUGGCGGGCUGCAAGGCGCUGAGCGGCGGCGCCCUGCGGGAGGUGGUGGGGCGCAGCCAGGGCAUCCUCUUCGACUGCGACGGGGUGCUGUGGAGCGGGGAGCGGCCCGUGCCCGGGGCCCCCGAGCUGCUCGACCGGCUGGGCCGCGGCGGCAAGGCGGCCUUCUUCGUCAGCAACAACAGCCGGCGGUCGCGGCAGGACCUGCAGCGCCGCUUCUCCCGCCUGGGCUUCCGAGGCGUCGCCGCCGAGCGGCUGUUCAGCUCCGCGCUCUGCUCCGCCCUGCUGCUGCGCCACCGCCUGCUCGGCCCCAACGAGGCCGGCGACCCCCGCCGUGCGCCGUCCGGACCGUCCGCACCGUCCGCACCGUCCGCACCGUCCGGCGCCGUGUUCGUGCUGGGCGGCGAGGGGCUGCGCGGGGAGCUGCGGGCCGCCGGGCUGCGCCUGGCCGGGGAGGCGGACACGGCCCCGCCGCCGGGCCCCGAGCCCCGGGCGGCCGGGGAGGCCGGGGGGCCGCCGGACGCCCACCCGCCCCCCGUCCGCGCCGUCCUGGUGGGCUACGACGACCGCUUCACCUUCGACAAGCUGAGCCAGGCCUGCACCUACCUCCGGGACCCGGACUGCCUGCUCGUCGCCACAGAUCUGGACCCUUGGCAUCCUCUGAGCGACGGGAGGAGGACCCCGGGAACCGGGAGCUUGGUGGCGGCGGUGGAAACGGCAUCUGGGCGUCAGGCCCUGGUGGUGGGGAAGCCCAGCACCUACAUGUUCGAGUGCAUCACCGAGCGCUUCGACUUGGACCCUGCCCGCACCCUCAUGGUGGGCGACCGGCUGGAGACGGACAUCCUCUUCGGCCACCGCUGCGGCCUGACCACCGUGCUCACCCUGACCGGCGUCUCGCAGCUGGAGGAGGCCCAGGCCUACAUGGCCAGCGGCCAGCCCGACCUGGUGCCCGACUACUACGUGGACAGCAUCGCGGACUUGAUAGCGGGCCUGGAGGACUGAGCCGGGGAGAGUGCGGGGAGCCACUCUUCUUCUCUCUCCUUUUCCCCUCUCCCUGUCCGAGACCCUCCUCCCCCUGCCCUGCUCCCCCUUUUCCCUGCGUCGGGGGGGCCUGAGUCUGAAGAGGUGUGUGGCCCCCAGAGUCGGACCCCGGCAUUCCCAGUCUCCUGCCUCAGAGAUCUGGACCCAGGGGUUGGAUUUCUGUCCCCUCCCCGCCCCCACACCCUCCGGCCUGCCCUGGCCCCACCGUGCUGGACAAGACUGCUUUACUCCCCCCUCCCGACCCUCCCGUCUUUCCUCCUCCUUCCUCUCGCCGCUCCGCCUUGAAGGGAAGAGGGUCACCCUUGUCCUGGAUCCCCUUUGGUCCAGAUCACCCGGAGCCGUCACCGCCCCUUCGGCAGGCGGGCUGGGAGGGGGAGCCCGGGGUUCGCGGUGGGAUGGUCCGGUUGGUAUUCCUCCCCCUCCGCCCCUACCCCCAACCCACCCGGUGGCACCCCCCAUCAAGGGGCUCUGGCCUUGUGCCCUGACCCGUCCCUAUGUUCAGUCUGUGCUCCUGUGCGUGUUAUUUAUUAACUUUCAAUGAGUUGUGUUUGUAUCAAGUGGGGGAGGAGCUGACUGGGCCCUGACCUGUGUCCUUCCCUCCCCCACCAUCCCCCCCACCCAACCCCUUGGCCACCCUCCCUCUGUACACAAUAAAGAGGGA